GGAGGAGAGUUGAAUUAAUGAAUUAAAAAUGCCGUGAAACAGCAGCUGAGCGACCACGUUUGGGUUUAUAUAGAGAGGCUCUGAGGGGGGUCCCGGAGGAGUGGACAGCAAAAGUUUCCUUAAGUUCACUUCACUUCGCUUCGCUGGCAAGAAGAAGUGCAAACCCUGUUCAUCCGAUUACAUAAUGACACAGUGAGAGGGCGCUGGGACCAGCAGCACCAGUACCAGCCUGCGGAGACACGGACUGGCCGCUGGGCGAUCGCCGGCCGCCUGUUUGUUUGUUUGUGUGCUUGUUUGCUUGUUUUUUGUAUAAAAGCUGACGCCGACGCGGAGGAUGAGAUGUCAGACGCGUGUUAGCUGUCAACGGCGGAUCGGGGGGGCUGCUUCUAUGACAGAUUAGAAGUUGGCCCGUCUUUUCACAUGUUUGACGGACAGUGAAGCAGAUUGAACCAUCACGUUUCUCUGCUGCCUCUGAGUCAACAGAAAGCACCUGCCAUGACCUCAGCCACGCCCCCUUCCUCUGAAGGCUCCUCCCCUCAGAAAGUAUGCCACUCCCAGACGCAGACUGACAUCACCAAGCCCCUGCUGGGCUCCCCGGGUGGUACCGGAGGUCCCGGUGCAGAAGGGACUGGAGCUGGAGGGCCCAGUGCUCUGAGGAGGAGGCGCCGCGUCCUCUCCAAAGACGGACGCAGCAAUGUGCGCAUCGAGCACGUCAGCGGACGCGGGGCGCUGUACCUCCGCGACCUCUGGACCACUUUUCUGGACAUGAAGUGGCGCUACAAGUUCUUCCUGUUCUCGGCCACCUUUGCUGGGACCUGGUUCCUGUUUGGGCUGCUGUGGUAUCUGGUGGCAAUGGUGCAUGGAGACCUACUGGAGUUCGACCCUCCCUCCAACCACACUCCAUGCGUGAUGGAGGUGAAGACCCUGACGGGGGCCUUCCUCUUCUCUCUGGAGUCUCAGACCACAAUUGGCUACGGCUUCCGGUGCAUCACUGAGGAGUGUCCGCUCGCCAUCGUGCUGCUCAUCUUUCAGCUGGUCAUCACCAUGGUGAUGGAGAUCUUCAUCACGGGCACCUUCCUGGCAAAGGUUGCUCGACCAAAGAAACGAGGCGAGACAGUGAAGUUCAGCCAACAUGCGGUCGUGUCGACCCACGAGGGACGACCGUGCCUCAUGAUCCGAGUUGCCAAUAUGCGUAAAAGCCUCCUGCUGGGAUGCCAGGUGACGGGGAAGUUGCUUCAGACGUCCCUGACGAAGGAGGGAGAGACUGUGCGUCUGGACCAGCGCAACGUGCCGUUCCAGGUGGACACGUCCAGUGACAGCCCCUUCCUCAUCAUCCCCCUCACCUUCUACCACAUCAUUGAUGACGCCAGUCCCCUCAGAGCCUGGGCAGCAAAAGGCGGCGGCUGGACCGACCCGGAGCUGGCUGACUUUGAGCUGCUGGUCAUCAUGAGCGCCACGGUGGAACCGACCUCCGCCACCUGCCAGGUCCGCACGUCCUACCUUCCGGAUGAGAUCCUUUGGGGCUACGAGUUCCCCCCCGUCGUCUCCCUUUCCCCCGCGGGAAAAUACGUGGCCGACUUUGCCUUCUUUGACAAAGUGGCCAAAACCAAGACUCCUCCCCUGUUCAAGCAGGCGCUGCCCCCGUCGCAGACGUCCCACCAUGGACGGAAGGAGGACGGCACCGACCCCGAGAAGGUGCGGCUGGAGGAGAGCUACCGGGGGGAGGAGAAGGGGCGCGAGAGGGGCAGGAUCAGAGAUAGCAGCCCGCUGAGCGUGAGGAUUAGUAAUGUUUGAGGCCAUUUAUGUGGAUUUCGCCUGGGGGACCAGCAACAGAAACAGCAUUUGCAUCAGUGCUGUGCUUCGACCCUCCAGACGGCAGGAACACAGAGGUUACAGAAAGAUGAUGUGAAACCGAGACAAGAAACAACCAUGAAAACACUCACAGCAGAUAAUCAACGCGCAGCCUACGCAUGUUUCAAGUGAAACCACAUGAUGAAAAGCACCCGGCGAUGCUCUGCUGCGCCCGCAGUGUGAGUGUGUGCAAUCAGCUUCAGUGGAACCCAUGGAAGCCACCGUGAACAAGCGUGCGACACAGAGACGUGUUCUACAGGUUCCUUCGCUCGUGCUUUAGGGGAUGCCUUGAUGUUCACUGCAGGAGUCCUCUGCACUCUAUUUAUAGAUACUGUUUGUUCAUUAGCUUUUACAGAAAACACUGAAUAAAAAAGAAAUCUUAUUAUCAUUAUCAUUAGCGUUAACACGGCGUCACCUUUUAAAGAACAUUAUUAAAGAACUUUUAUUUGAAGAGAAGUUGAUUUGACCAGGUGAGAUUCAUGGUGAACUUGAACCCAAUGAGGGUGUUAAUCACUGGAUUUGUGUCCUGCUUCUUUUUUAAUUACUAAAAUACUUGCAUAAUGUGUCAAUGUACUGGGAAAAUAUGAUCUUUGAAAAAAAGAUUUUAAAGGAAUGUAAGUCUUAUCUGUUUCUUGUUACUUUUUAAAUCUGAAAAUAUUGUUGUUUUUGAUAUGAAAGUCAUCUUUACUGAGGUAAAUAUGUUCAAUAAUAUUACUAAAAGCACUUUAACUGAAAAGGUGGCAAAAGGGGGAAUAACAGGACUAACGUACUUAAUGCACUGGAAUAAAGCGUUAAAUGCUGUGGAUGUGUGUGUUGUGUAGAUGAGUGAGUGAUAAAUGUUGGUGUAUUCAUGGACAGACAUGUUAUAUGAGUUUUCUUGUACAGUCUGUGUAAAAGUAUUUGACAUAUGUUUAACUUAGCAUUUUUUUUAUUCUUGUCAAAUAAAAAGUGAUAAACAAUUUGAAUGACAUAAAAAUAGACAGAAAGAUUUUGUGUACUUAAACAUCUUUUGUUCCAGUGAUCUAAAAACAAAGCUAUUAAAACAGUGAAAUUAAUACUGACUUAAAUAUGUAUGCACCUUGGUUUUAUUUAACGGAAACAGAAACGUGUGUUUAUUGUUCAGGUAUGUUAAUAAUAAUAUAAUAAUUAAUGUGUUUUAACAUCUGCUACAGUGUUUGUAAUAAUUGAAAACAUCCUUACAAACCCCAUGAAAAUAAUUCAAA